AUGGAGCAACUGAAGAAUAUUGAGGCUUCAGAGCAAGAGAAAUCAGACUUGCUUCAGAAACUCCAAAGCAGCCAAGUGGAUGUUAAGGCUGUAUCCAAGGAAAAAGAUUCCCUGAAAGUGUUGGCUGAAAACCUUCAGGCUGAGAGAGACAUUAUGAAAAAUGACAUGGAUGGUCUUUACAAGACCAUUGAGAAAGUUGCUGCAGUGAAGACAUUGACAGCAGAACUUGCUGUCCAGAUGAAGGAGGAGCAGCAGUUGGUGAUCGAAAACAAGAGGCUGCAGACAAAUCUGCAGGAAGCAAUGCUGGACAACUACCACAGCAGAAGAGUGGGUGACUUCUGGCAGACUGUUUUCAGCCUGACAAUAGAGAAUGACCAACUUUGGCGAUCGUUGAUUGCCUGCACUGAGAAGGAGGUUGUAAGUAUACUGCCAAGAAUGCAGAAGAAGAGGGACGGUAUUACUCUCCUAGCCCUCAAGUUGAAGAGUGAUCUUGAGGUGGUGAAAGCUGUUGCAGCUAAGGGACUCGCUAGUCUUCCUCUCCUCCAGACUGCCAAUGUUCUAAAACUUCAGAUGUACUACGAACAAGCCAGUGAUGAGCUCUACUGUGUGUUGACUGAUAUUAAGUAUUACUUCUCCGAAUGGUACAAGGAGAGCAAAGAUUACUACGUGAGCAUCUCCAAGUUCACCAUGAAUCUGUUGGACGAGAACCUGAAGCAACUCAAACUGCUGAUUGAGAUUCAAAGGCUGAAUGCUACGGGGCUGAAUUCAAGCAGCUCGACAUCCGAGCCCUCAGAUGGAAGUUGGAUCUCUUCCUAG